GCUAAUACGUAAGUAGGUAGUAUUCAGUGGUGAGGCCUCCGUGCGGGCCGUGGUGAACCAACAGGUGUUGUCGGGCUUGGCAAUCGUGCUACCGGUUCCCAGUUCAUUUUCUGCUAGUGUUUACAUCGGCACCUUUCACUCACAAAUAUACGCCGAGUUAGCUCACGAUAUACUUGGCGCGAAGAAAACGUAAUAUGAUGUCGGAGACCGUUGUGACGAUGGACGGUACCAGCAACAACGCCAGCAACAAUCCUCGACAGGUGCCUACCGUGAAGACGGAACCGGUUCAACCAAACCCUCUAACAAACAUUACGUUGAACGUGCCCUACUUCAGAACGAUACCCGGUAUCAUUAAACUCGUGCAGCUGGCACUUGGCAUAAUAUGCAUGGCAUGUGCAUCACCGGCGUGGGUAGGUGCAACCCACUGGUUCUUAUUUGUUGCCGUAACAGCCUUUAUCGCCACCCUGUUAUGGUGCUUCAUUUACGUGUUAUCUAUUCGAGAGGCGCUCAAGUUACCUAUCAACUGGAUUUUGACGGAACUUUUGAACACAACGAUAUUUGCCGUACUUUACAUGAUCGCUUUCAUAGCGCAACUAUCCGUUUGGAGCGCGCUGAGCGGGUCGUCUACCUCGAGGAAUAUAGCAGGAGGGGUAUUUGGAAUCUUUAACACGGUUGCGUACGCUGCUGGAGCGUAUUUCCUGUACGUCGAAUGGAGAAGUAGCAACACACAGUGAGGAAAAGCAGAGGUACUCGACAAGAUGCCAGGUACCUGAAGAGCACCUACGACGAGGCUACUGCACACCGGUUUUCGCGAUCGCUCGUCCCACUGCUGUCCCCAGGCAGCAGGUUCGCGGAGAGAUCGAUGGGUCGAAGCUAGUCCAACGAGGCCCCUGAACCGAUCGUGUGUCGUACCUUAGCUUAACGAGAGACUCUGUAAUCUACUACGUGCCUUAAAGACUAUACAGACAGUUAGCUGGACGAUCGCGCGCUUCCAUCACGCUCUUGUUUCGCCAUUUGGAAUCGCGCGAUCGCGCGAUCGCGCGUAUCAGCGCGGACAAUCAGAAUGCAAGAAAGAAGAAAAUCUAUAAUCGUUGCGCCCAAGGGACACCCAACAACCCCACUCUCAACGCUGUUUUUUCAAUCUUCUCCAUCGUACAAAAGACAAAAGAAAAAGAAAACGGUCGAUAAAAUCCAUAUUGGAUGUACGUCGAUCUUCCGAAUUUUCAAUCGAUUAUACUAUUCGGUAGAUACGCGCACCUCGUGCCGAACCUUCCCGUCCAGUUCACUUUUCUAACCGUACCUUUUUCGCACUACCGCGACUUUUUAUUUAUA